GUGGAUGGGGUUCUGAUGAAAGGACAUUUUUGUGGAUAGGGUGAGGUUUCACUCUGAAGGUGAUUGGCUGCACUCCCUCUAGGUGCUAAGAGAUGGUGUUUGCGGAUCUCAUCUCUGCCUAAGAAUCGGGUGCUCCAGACACUGGAAGGGCCGACUCUGACCCUGGGCUCCUUGUUGAGUAAGCCCUCACUUCCAGCCACUCCAGUCUCACGACGGAGACUGCUUGUGCUGUCUUAAUGAUGGGUAUUGGUAAGAACACCACGUCCAAAUCAAUGGAGGCCGGAAGUUCAACGGAAGGCAAAUAUGAAGACGAAGCAAAGCACCCUGCUUUCUUUACUCUUCCGGUGGUGAUAAACGGAGGUGCUACGUCCAGUGGUGAACAGGACAAUGAAGACACUGAACUCAUGGCUAUCUAUACCACAGAAAAUGGCAUCGCGGAAAAGAGCUCUCUCGCGGAGACCCUGGAUAGCACUGGCAGUCUGGACCCCCAGAGAUCAGACAUGAUUUACACCAUAGAAGAUGUUCCUCCCUGGUAUCUGUGUAUAUUUCUGGGGUUGCAGCACUACCUGACAUGCUUCAGUGGCACCAUUGCAGUGCCCUUUCUGCUGGCUGACGCCAUGUGUGUGGGCUAUGACCAGUGGGCAACCAGCCAACUAAUCGGGACCAUUUUCUUCUGCGUGGGAAUCACAACUUUGCUGCAGACAACAUUUGGAUGCAGGUUACCCCUGUUUCAGGCCAGUGCUUUUGCAUUUUUGGCCCCUGCUCGAGCCAUCCUGUCUUUAGAUAAAUGGAAAUGUAACACCACAGAUGUUUCAGUUGCCAAUGGAACAGCAGAACUGUUGCACACAGAACACAUCUGGUAUCCCCGGAUCCGAGAGAUCCAGGGGGCCAUCAUCAUGUCCUCAUUGAUAGAAGUGGUCAUCGGCCUCCUAGGCCUGCCUGGUGCUCUGCUGAAAUACAUCGGGCCUCUGACCAUAACGCCCACGGUGGCCCUCAUUGGCCUCUCUGGUUUCCAGGCAGCAGGGGAAAGAGCUGGGAAGCACUGGGGCAUCGCCAUGCUGACAAUUUUCCUAGUAUUACUGUUUUCUCAAUAUGCCAGAAAUGUUAAAUUUCCUCUUCCUAUUUACAAAUCCAAGAAAGGGUGGACCGCAUACAAGUUGCAGCUUUUCAAAAUGUUCCCUAUAAUCCUGGCCAUCCUUGUGUCCUGGCUGCUCUGCUUCAUCUUCACGGUGACAGAUGUCUUCCCUCCUGACAGCACAAAGUACGGCUUCUACGCUCGCACAGAUGCCAGGCAGGGCGUGCUACUGGUAGCCCCGUGGUUUAAGGUUCCAUACCCAUUUCAGUGGGGCCUGCCCACCGUCUCUGCAGCUGGCGUCAUCGGCAUGCUCAGUGCGGUCGUCGCCAGCAUUAUUGAGUCUAUCGGUGACUACUACGCCUGUGCCCGGCUGUCCUGUGCCCCACCGCCUCCCAUCCAUGCAAUAAACAGGGGGAUUUUCGUGGAGGGUCUCUCCUGUGUUCUCGAUGGCAUAUUUGGUACUGGGAAUGGCUCUACUUCAUCCAGCCCCAACAUUGGAGUUUUGGGAAUUACAAAGGUCGGCAGCCGCAGGGUGAUUCAGUAUGGCGCAGCCCUCAUGCUUGCCUUGGGCAUGAUCGGGAAGUUCAGUGCCCUCUUCGCGUCUCUCCCGGAUCCUGUGCUCGGAGCCCUCUUCUGCACCCUCUUCGGAAUGAUCACGGCUGUUGGCCUCUCUAACCUGCAGUUCAUUGACUUGAAUUCUUCCCGGAAUCUCUUUGUGCUUGGAUUUUCAAUCUUCUUUGGUCUCGUCCUUCCAAGUUACCUCAGACAGAACCCUCUCGUCACAGGUAUAACAGGAAUCGAUCAGGUGUUGAAUGUUCUUCUCACGACUGCUAUGUUUGUAGGAGGCUGCGUGGCUUUUAUUUUGGAUAACACUAUCCCAGGUACUCCUGAAGAAAGAGGAAUCAGGAAAUGGAAGAAGGGCGUGGGCAAGGGGAACAAGUCGCUCGAUGGCAUGGAGUCCUACAAUUUGCCAUUCGGCAUGAACAUUAUUAAAAAAUACAGAUGCUUCAGCUACUUACCCAUCAGCCCAACGUUUGUGGGCUACACGUGGAAAGGCCUCAGGAAGAGCGAUAACAGCCGGAGUUCAGAUGAAGACUCGCAGGCCACGGUAUAGCCUUAGCUGCGUCCUGUGGCCUGGCCACAGUGAAGCAUGUAUCUGUAGUUCCUUGCUGGGUAACAAGAAGUAAAAUAUAUGUUUGUAUAUCUACAUUUACAUUCUGCACCCCAGAGCUAAGACAGAUUGCAGGUAGCUUUUCUGUUGUGAGUGGUGAUUGUGUCCAUGAUGUCUUGCCCAACUCCUUAUUUAAGCCCUUGACCCCUUGCCCUUCACAAGUGUCCACUGCUGGCCGUGGUCACUGAACUUGAAGUUCCAGUCCUCCCAUGGGGGCUGAUGUUUGAAAUCUGCAGCGAUUCCUUUUUCUGUCCCUUUCUACCACCCAGUGCUAGCUUUCCUACAAGCUGCCUCCAGGGUCCAGGGGCUUUCUGUUUUGGAGGCCUCGGACCUACUUACUUUUUAUUUGAUCUUGGCCUGUGCCUGCAGAGACCUCCUCUGACCAAGGGACACCAGUGUCCUCUCAUUGUUGCCAUUAACUGGUCAAGUGUGAUUCUGUUGUCCCUGACACUCUUGUAGGAGGAGAAGAGCAGGGGAAUGGCUGCUCUCUGCCUGGGUCUGGGCAUGUUUAAGGUCUGUACAGUUAGCGAUGGAUGGAAAUCUACGUGAGGGAUUGGAGGGGAAUGGAAAGGACCCUAAAGUCGUUAUUUGAUUCUUGACUUCUCUUUUUCCCUGCCACCCUGGCCCACCUGUGCCAGCAUGUUUCAUACUGACCUCUUUUCUCUAGUGGCUGAGACACACUCUGUGGCAUUUAUCACUACUGGCUGGUGUGACGGGUAUGGCGUGCCACACAAGGGCACUGAUCAGAUAAGCUCAUGGGAAUCUUGGCUCUGCUGUUAUGUGGAUGUUAUUGUUAUGUGCGUCUAUGAUUACAAGGUUAUAUUCCUAUUUAAUGUUAUUGACUAUAGCAGAUUUUUGAAAUCAGUGUUUUUCCACAUGACCCUCUUUCCUUGCAUCCCUAUUAUUCAUCCCCUUCCCCCUGCCCUUUCCACCGAUUAAGAAAAGAACCAGCAUUUGUAAAGCUGUGGACACCAUCAGGAAAGCUUGUUUUAAUGGCUUUUGAAGGCCAGUAACCAUUGUUGUGGUUGUGUUUUGUAUUGCUUGAUACCAUGAAUGUGUAAAUACUGUAAUGCCUAAUCUAUUUAUCAAAACUGACUACUGGACCAGAGCCCGGAAACCAUGGGUCAAGUUUUAUGUGAAUUUGUUUUGUGAAGGGAGGCUGGGUAGGUGACAGACAGAGCCACCAUAGUGAAUGGUCCAUCAUCCCAAUCAGUUCAUCAAUCCAGUUCUCCUGUUGCAAGUCAUUUCUGGCAGUCGUGGCUAAGGACUGUGGGUUGUUACAUUUCUGUGGCUUGUUACAUUGCAUGUCCUUUAGAUCUUGAUUUUGCAGAGGGUAAGCUUAGAUCCCUUAGCCAAAUACUGCUUUUCUCUUAAGUUGUUGCAGAAAGUGGUGAGAAAAGCAGCUGGCAGGCUCCCUCUGUUAAGAGAGUUCUGAUUAAUAACACCAAAUUCUUUAUGAAAAAAAUGACUUCUAUUGAAUUCGAAGUUUUUCAGCCAAAGGAAAAGUUUGAGACAUAAAGUGGUGACCUUGCUUCAUGAGGUUGUGCUUCUUAAGUGGUCAUUGACCUGACCAAGCUUUGGUGGGCAGCAGGUGUUCCUGUCUCCACAGCAGGGCCGUGUGUCUACACAGUUGCAUCUCCUGCCUCCCUGGCUCAGGCCGGCUUGGCUUCCCCAUGCUGUGAUGUCUGUGUGUGUCACUGCAGCCCCUUGACUCCCGGGAGUUUGGGGCUUCGAGGUUUAUUAUGUUCAGAACAUCUCAGCACCACUGCUUUGUUUUGCCAAAAUCUUACUGCAGAUUAAGUAAAGAAUUAGAUCCUAAAUUAUGUUUAGUUUUGUAUGUUUUUUAAAUGCAUAUGCAAUAUAUAGUUACUUUAGAUGCACACUGGUUAACAGUCUUGUCCUCUUAAUUUGACAAGCCUCGAGACUGACAACUCUCCUACACCAAGUUGCUCUCAUUUUCUUCUAUUUGUAUCUUGCGUAGCAGCUCCAAUUUCUGUGCUUUGAAAAAUGGGGACAACUGCUAAACAUCCUAUAGAUUUGCAAUAUUCUAGCUCUGUAGAUGAGCAGAAGGACCAAACAUCCCAAUAAAAGCAUCCAUACCAUCGGGAAUUCAAGAGGAAGUUCUCUUCAGUGUAACUGGGCAUCUUGCCUCCCAGUGAGUAACACCCAGAUUGUGUAUUUCAGAUGGCAAGAAACCCACUCCCUUCGGAAACCCCUCCUGGGGCCGGGUUUUAUCUGUAGGCUUCAAACCUGCUAGUCUGGCAGAUGUCUCUACGAGCAUUCACAUGGGGAGGGAAACCCUGCACCCAUACCUCCCAUUGGAAAGAGGGUUUCUGCCCUUCUUGUUCUAUUGAGGCCAACUUUCAUAUUCUUCCCAAGCAGGGGGAAGGACCCGUGAGGUGGGGAGAAAAGAGGGAGUCUGACUAGACAUCCUGAUUGAGCCUCGUACUUUCUGCACAGCCUUAAGUGAUUGGAGUCUCCUAAUAAUUAAUAAAUCUUGCCCAUGCAUCACAUACACAGACCAUUUUAGGAAAUGCUCCUUCUGCUAGCAGAUGUGCUGUAGAAUGAAAGUCUGUAAGUGAAAGAAAAAGAAUGUCCUCAUCUGUUUCUUGAGUUUAAGCACACACCUGAGGGGAGGUUUUGGGGGACACGUUAUUGGCCUCCGUUACUGAGCCGCAUACCGCCAUGCUUUGUUUUGCCAGUAGAAAGUUAUAAGAUAUUUUCGAUGUGAAUGUCUUUGCAGGCCGUUCAGUCUCCAGUUUACACUUACCCACCACCUUCACAGGUCACCGGCCUGGUCCGUGAAAGGAAGCAUUUGAGUUAGUGAUCCCAACGUGGGAAGCAGAAAGUAUUCAUAAGGACAGGAGAUGGUGCCAUAUUCACAGUGGGGGCGGGGGGACCACAACCCUGGAUCACAGAACGAUGGGAAAUGAAGCUCCAGUCUUCGUAAAUGAUUUUCAUUCUCAUUAGGGAGUUAAACUUAGAUUCAGUAAUACAUUUACUUUCAAAAUCCUUCUUGAGUGUUUCGAAUGUUCACUUUUAAUUAGUUUCUUGGGAUUGAUCCAGGCAAGAGAAAUGGCACAACUGCACCAGCUAGAACGGAGCGUCAUACGUCCUCGUGGUUUCCCGUUUUCAUGGCAACAAAUUCACACACAGGAUUUGCUUUAUACUGUAGAAUACUGACUCUCAUGAUGACAACUUGCUUUAUGCAUGAAUAUUGCAGUAUUUCCAUAUAGUAAAAUAACAUUUCUACCCAGGAUAAUAGUCAGUUUUCCAGGGAGGGAAUGAUAUAAUUUUCAUGACAAUGUCAUGUGAUGAUAGAAUUUCUCCAUUGAUGAAUCUCUAGUGUGUGUGUAUACUUUAUUUACCCAUACAUAUAUUUUAUGACCAUGAGCUAACUCAUUAUUCCUUUCAUUCAUGUUCUUGCUAAAAUAUUGGUACUAGCAAUUUAGAUUUAAAGUUGGCAAAUCUAAUCUUCAGUAAUAUCGAUGCCACAAAAGUGGCUAGGCCAGAGAGAAGGUGAAUAAGGAGCCGUCUGGCCAGAGGAGAGGCAGCGUCCUGCAGGUGGCUGUACUAGGGGUGAGGGCCUGCCCACCCAGCUGUCGCUGGACGCCAGCUGUACACACCCAGUCAGUGCCUGGCUCCCGUGCCUGGGCACCCACAGAGGUUGCUUCUCCAGGGAGCCUCCCCUUGGCUUUAGAGCAGAGGUUGGGGUUUCACUUGUUGCAUGUUGUACUCUGUCCCCUUAUGAUUUGGACAUAGAGGAUAGGACAUCUCCCACCCUCCACUCCUCCUGCAGUCAGGCACCAGGCAGUGUAAGAAGGCCGCCCAUUUUUGCCAGCAUUCAGCUUCCGCCCUUGGACCCAUAAAGCGCGUUCGCACUGGGGGUCCCUCUUCAGCAGCCUCACAAACAUUCCUGUCCUUUUAGGUUGUUGUAAACCCUGCCUCCUCGUCACUCUAACAUCCAGCAUCCUUAGAAUUGCCGUGUGUGUGUGUUUCAGGCACGUAGGACACGCUUACCAGCAUUGCCAUCUUACUGACAGUUCUAAGCAUCCUUCUCUGUUUGUUCGUAAUCACCUUCAUUUGACACAUUAAUAAAUUUCUGACUGUUCUUAAAACAGUGGGGAUGCCUAUAUUUUCCUUGAGUUUUUGUGACUGACUUUAGCUAUAUACCCUUCUGGGAUUUUGUUUGUUUAUUUUUAUUUUACAUACUGAGGGUAUUUGGGGUGGGGUUGUUUUUUGAGAUGUGUAAUUCUUUUAUGGAGUUUUUAAAAAGAAUUUUCAUAUUGUUUUUCUAACAUGGCUUCAUUAAACGUUUAAGUAUUUUAAAAAAUAUGUAAUAUUUGGACCAGAUGUUGUGAAUAAUAGUAGAGAUAAAGCUAUUUUAUUCUGUAUUUUUAAAACUGUUCCGUACAAAUAAAAACUCCUGGAUGCA